GAUUAUCAGUUGCCAGCAGCCCCUCUCUUGGCUCCUUGACACGAGCACCAUAUAAGGCGCAGCGAUCUCCAUAGAAACGUGUCAGUUUCAAUAGUAGUGUCAAAGUUCACUAUAUACAGACAUUCGCGCAGAUCCCCGUUUCGGAAACAUUGCUCUGCUGGUCUUCCCGUUUAAACGCAUUCAUUUUUGGGUCUCUCCUUCUUGCAUAUUCUAUUAGUUGUUGUUUUUUCUUUUUAUCUUUUCUCUUUCGCUCCAUUCCUGCUGGAGAGGUGAAACUACAGGGGCACUUCGACGACGCCGUUUUGUUGGUCCAGAUGAGUUUUAUUUUGAAAAUAUAGACAUAAAAUUCCGCUCUUCAGUUUUUUCCUCUCUUCCACCAGUGAAGACAGGAGUAAGGGACAAGGAAGAAAAGAAAGGGAUUUAUUUCACGCCAGACUUUGGAUCGUUUUUUUCUUUUUUUUUUCUUACACAAUUCAUUUUUAUUUCUUCGUCUCGGUGAAUCGGUCCUGCCUCGUAACUGGUUAUUUUAAACCAAACUGUAAUUGUUACCUCUCGUGCGCUCUUUUUACCAAGAUUGGGUUCCUGAAUGGCUGACUGCAAUUUACCUUGGAACUGGCCUCCCGAUACUUGCAUAUCCUGAUCGGGUGCCUUUUCGAUCGCCACUUUGUAUUUUGAAUGUAUUGAUUGUCCUAUGCUCACACUUUCCUAUGUGAUCGCCUGCUUCGGUUUGACUUUUCACAGUCGUUUAUUUGAUAUUACCUCUUGUUCCACGUACAAGAAUCCCAGCGAUUAGUUCGCUUUAUAGCACUUUUCGGGCCCGAGAUAUGGCAAUGGUAGUUAGCGUCUGGCGAGAUCCGCAGGAAGACGUGGCCGGAGGAACUCCGAGCGGCCCGAAUCCAGCAGCUCAGCCGGCUAGGGAGCAACAGCAGGCGGCGUCGGCAGCUCCACACACUCCGCAAACCCCGAGUCAGCCAGGACCCCCUUCAACGCCAGGGACUGCUGGCGACAAGGGGCAGAGCCAAAAUUCUGGACAGAGUCAACAGCAUAUUGAAUGUGUGGUUUGCGGAGACAAAUCCAGCGGCAAGCACUACGGUCAGUUCACCUGCGAGGGAUGCAAAAGUUUCUUCAAGAGGAGUGUCCGGAGGAACUUAACGUAUACAUGUCGUGCCAACAGGAACUGUCCCAUCGAUCAGCACCAUCGUAAUCAGUGCCAGUACUGCCGACUGAAGAAAUGUUUAAAAGUGGGCAUGCGGCGGGAAGCGGUUCAGCGAGGAAGAAUGCCUCCAACCCAGCCGAACCCAGGCCAGUACGCACUGACGAACGGGGACCCUCUGAACGGUCAUUGUUAUCUCUCCGGAUACAUCUCGUUGUUACUCCGGGCCGAGCCUUACCCGACCUCCAGAUACGGGAGCCAGUGCAUGCAGCCCAACAACAUAAUGGGCAUCGAGAACAUUUGUGAACUGGCUGCUCGCUUGCUCUUCAGCGCCGUGGAAUGGGCAAGGAACAUCCCUUUCUUCCCCGACCUCCAGAUCACAGACCAGGUGUCACUUCUCAGGCUGACGUGGAGCGAGUUGUUUGUGCUUAACGCGGCUCAGUGCUCCAUGCCCUUGCACGUGGCCCCUCUGCUCGCCGCGGCUGGCCUCCACGCCUCUCCAAUGUCCGCGGACCGGGUCGUGGCUUUCAUGGAUCACAUUCGUAUCUUCCAGGAACAGGUCGAGAAGCUCAAAGCCCUUCACGUCGAUUCGGCAGAGUACAGCUGCAUCAAAGCAAUAGUCCUCUUUACGUCAGACGCUUGUGGCCUGUCAGAUGCGGCUCACAUCGAAAGCCUACAGGAGAAGUCUCAGUGCGCCCUUGAGGAAUACGUGAGAAGCCAAUACCCAAACCAGCCGAGCCGUUUUGGCAAGCUCUUGCUGCGGCUGCCGUCUCUCCGCACCGUCUCUUCAUCAGUAAUUGAGCAGCUGUUCUUCGUCCGCUUGGUAGGUAAAACUCCUAUUGAAACCCUCAUAAGGGAUAUGUUGUUAUCCGGGAGCAGCUUCAACUGGCCUUAUAUGUCCAUCCAAUGAUCCGAGCGAGAAAGUGAAAAAACACCACGAACGUAAAAGGACCAAAAGCAACCUGAAUAAGAAGACUAUAUAUAGGACCUCAUUUCUGAACACCGUAGAAGACAAGACUUUGCCCCCAUUUUAUUUUAUUUUUUAUUUUUUUGAAGGGGGGGACUGAGAUCUGAGAUGGAAUACAUUAUGUACAGAAAAUAAGGAAUGGACUUACUCUUGUGUAAAUCCACUCUCAUCUACAAGCAAACGACUUUUCAUUUUGUAAAAUACUAGUCUUUAUUUUCUUUUUUGUAAAAAAAAAAUACAAAUAAAAUGAAAAACAUCGUAUGCGCAGUAAAAAGAAUCAAGACCUAGCGGGAAAAUGUUUCCGAGCAAAUUAUAAGAAAUGUCCUGUGUCUAUGUAUCUUUCUCUGUUUUGUAUAUUUCUGGUUCUAAACCAGGUUUUCUGUGAUUCUAUACUAAUAAUUUUUGAUAUAACCUUUUGCUUCUUAUAAUGAGUGCGAUAUAUGUUGUCGAAGCUAUGUUCUCCAAGAAUUAAAAUUGAAGUGAGAAUUUAAAACAGAAAAAUAAAGAAAGUUAGACAUAAGAAACGGUCUAAUCGCUAUGACAAUAUUAUCACUGAUGGUUGACCUGCCAACUACAAUUGAUGCUACGGACGUGCAACGGCGAACUUGACCUCAUGGACAUUUUGAGGAGAGGACACACCUGAAACUUUUCCUGGUUAUAGCCUAAGUGUGUUUGGAGUCGAUCAUCAGUUAAAAAAAAAAAGGAAAAAUGAAAAGACAUAAAAGAAAAUUCAAAAGCACUUUUAAUAUAUCAUUUCAAAUACAUUUUGUUUGUUUCGUCUUGAAAUUUUCAUUGUUUCUUGGAUUUUAUUGGUUGUUGCCUCGAUUUGCAUAUUCCAUGAUACAGCUUUUUCAGCAGGAUCCGUUGGUAAGAGUUGUGUGAUGGUGACUGUACUAUUAAAAACAAGUAGGCAACAAUGUCUUGUUCUCAAGAAUUUUCAUGUGAUGCGCGAGUUGGAACAUCUCUAACCGACUGGCGGCGGAGUAACCUGCAAAGCGCAAAACCAAAAAUUACAUAAGGGAUACAGGCCCUUUAUUAGGCCCGUUGUCUUCACGUAGACUCCAUCAACGUUUGGUCCCUUCUUUAAAGCCUUUUAACAUAUUGAUGCUGAAAAAAUCCAAAGCAUUGGCCUUUACCAUCCACCUGUACCCUUUUUAUGGAAGCGUUUAUAAAUGUAUUUUGUUUAGACGCAGGCUUUGUUCAAAUGGGGGAAUGCCCCUGGGUUUUGAAAAUUACUGAAGUGGAUUAGAAGUGUGGUUGUCUGUGUAAGGUUUCACGCGCAUACAGACGUGGGUUCAUGGAAACUCAUGGACACACGAAUACGUGCAGGAGCUGGCGUUUGCGUUGUUGGGUUGUGUUGUUAGCUACUGGUGCAAAUCGCCGUAGCUGCUUCAGCGUAUGAAUGUUUAAUAUUUUCCCAGACAGCACUGGAAGAAUGCGCUCUGUCGAGGGACAUUUUCCCCAUCAUAUCAAUUUAUUGCGGAUCUUCCAAUCCACCUUAUCCGGAGAAACUAACGACAACGAAGCGAAGCACCAGUCCAGUUUUAACCAUUGUUUUUUUGUUAUCCUUCUCAUUUUGACUGAAGCGCUGCAGGAGUAGGUUCAAUAAAGAACGGCAGUAAUAUAUGUGGAUGGGAAAUGUGUAAAGUCGGUCGGUAUGGAGACUGAAGCCUUGUAAGGGUUAGCGGGAAAGCCAAGUGCACAAACAAUGUUAAGAACUGUCAGGAAGGACGUCUCAUUAAAAUGUUUGGGGAUCCACCCUUUGUACUUCGUUUCCUAAAAAUAUCAUGAACAUAUUAAUAAACAUUUCGUAUUAAGAA